CUGCAACCUGGACGAAGACUAUACCAACUCGUGAAUUACUUCGUACACUCCAGGGUCCAACUCUCAGCCAGACUCUCGUUAAUUCUACCAUAACACCGAAGCUUUUCUUGCAUCUCUAUACCCUACCGACUUGUUGCUCUUGACCUAGACACCUAGUUUAUCCGUCUCUUUCCGCCCUCCGGUCAUAAUUGGCGUGGACGGAAGCAGUCCAAGUCACAUUGUCGCCAUGGCUUCCUCAUCGACCCCGGCUACGCCGCUCCUAUACUCAUGCAUCGCCCACAACAACACCAUCCUCAGCGAAUGCACCACAUCCGCCUCGUCGCAAACCUCGUCCCUCGCCUCCCUCAUCCUCCCGAAGAUCGAGCACUCCACGAGCCAAAAGCUCACCUACACCCACGGCACCCACCACAUCCACUACAUCGCCGAGUCCCCCUCCGACCACCCAGACCACCCUGCCUCGGGCGCCGGGGGGCUGACCUUCCUCGUCAUCGCGGACGCCAGCCUGGGCCGCCGCAUCUCGUUCGGCUUCCUCUUCGAGAUCCGCCGCCGCUUCCUCGAGCUACUGCCCCCCUCCGACACGUACUUUGCCGACCUCCCCAACUACGGGGCCGCCAGCUUCAACGGCGAGCUGCGGCGCCUCAUGGUCGAAUACGGCACCACGUCCGGCGGGCGCGACGACGCCAUCGGCAAUGUGCAACGCGAGAUUGACGAUGUCAGGGGGAUCAUGACCCGCAAUAUUGAGGGGCUCUUGGAGCGUGGCGAGCGCAUUGACCUGCUUGUUGACAAGACCGACCGUCUCGGGGGUAGUGCCCGCGAGUUCCGCGUUCGGAGCCGGGGUCUCAAGCGCAAGAUGUGGUGGAAGAAUGUUAAGCUUAUGGCAUUGCUGGCCGUCAUUGUUAUUCUUAUCGUUGCUGUUAUGGUUAUUGCGAUCAGAGGUUGAGCCGGCUGAGCAGGGGCUUCUUCUCCGUUUUGUCCCCCUCCUCUCUUUUGGCCAGGGCCCCGAAGGUCUUGGGGCAUGUUUUGUUACGAUGCCGGAAGGUGUGUUCCAACAUUUCCAGUUCGGGUUUGUUCUUUUAUCUUCGUAUUUAUUCAGUCACUACUAUGCGCCGACAUUUUGAUUUGGGGCACUCUGGUGGAGACUUGCUGGCGAACGGGCAUACGGGACACAAUAGCAACUGUAUCUUCCAAGCUGAUAUCCAUAAUGGUGAGGGUUCGAUUCUCGAAUUCCCUGGUCGCUUAUCUAUCUACCUGGCCUCCUGGUAGAUAGUCCUGACAGGGUGUUGUUCGGUAUUCCAGUGCCCAAUUUCAAUUCCAAGAUUUCACCCCACCAGCGAUGAAGUAGACACAGCUCGUGCUGCCGAAAUCCACUGGAUGGCCUAACACCCGAG